ACUGCUGUCAGGCCACCAAGGAGCCCAGGUUGGGGGAUGGCCAGUCAUUGCUUUUCCAAGAGACUGAAAACAUUGAUAUAGAAAUGUUCUGCAGGAGGCAAUUUGACAGCAAUAGGAUUUUCCAGACACCAGGAGAGGCGAUGUUUCAAGUUGGAGGCCUCCUUGUCUUCUGCGGGCUGCUGGCCCGGACCACAGCCCUGCUUGACGGCCUGCCUCUGCGCCUGGACCCAGCUCUGCCUCUGGCUGCGAUCCCAGCUUUGCCCUCAGUUCCCUCAGAUCUCGUUGGAAGCUUGACAAGUGCUCUCAGCAAUGGCUUGCUCUCUGGGGAUCUGUUGGGCACCCUCAAAGGCCUUCCACUCCUGGACACCCUGAAAGCUGCAGGAGGCUCUUCCAGUGGCCUGCUUGGGGGCCUGCUAGGGACAGUGACUUCAGUGAUCCCUGUCCUGAACAGCCUCGCUGAGGUGAAGGUCACUGAUGCCCAGCUGCUGGAACUUGGCCUUGAGCAGAGCCCUGAUGGUCACGGUCUCUACGUCACCAUUCCACUGGACCUGAUUGUCGAUGUGAAGACGCCCCUGGUUGGAAGUGUGUUGAAACUGGAUGUGAAGCUGAACAUCACUGCAGAACUCUUAGUUGUGAAAGAUGAGCAGGGAAGGUCCCACCUGGUCCUUGGUGACUGCACCCACUCCCCUGGCAGUCUGAAAAUCUCCCUGCUUGAUGGACUUCUCCCCCUCCCCAUGAAAACCCUUAUUGACAACCUCACUGGGAUCCUGAAUCAAGUCCUUCCUGAACUGGUACAGGGCAGGGUGUGCCCUCUGGUCAAUGAAACUCUCAGUCACCUGGAUGUCACCCUUGUGCACGACGUCAUCAACAUGUUGACCCUUGGACUGCAAUUUGUCAUCAAGGUCUAAGCCUUCCAGCAAGGGGCCCGGCCUCUGCUGAGCUGGUGGGUGCUAUUGGAACCUUUUUCGGCUGCUUGACCCACUCCCUGUCCAGCUUCCCAGCGUCCACAGAGGCUGACUCGUGUCCUGAAAAAAGACAUGGCCACAGUUUAGGGACCAAAGAGGCCUUUUCUCUGUGGCACCUGCACCCCUCCUUGCCAGCCAAGCAUGUGCUACAUUCCAUGUUCCUCAUCAAAUAAACUCCCUCUUCUCUGCA